AUGAACAAGAUGAUGAUAAUUGCCAUGGCAGCAAUGCUGCAGCUGCCUGUGACACGGGCACGAAUUGGAUCUACAGUGCAGGGUUCCGACGAGGCUUGUCCGACUCUCUGCACGCGCGAGUAUUAUCCUGUGUGUGACUCGGCCCAUGGUGAACACGCAAACAGGUGCUUGUUCGACGUGGCCGUGUGCAAGAACUCGUCGCUUACUGAGAAGCCGUGCAAGGCUAAAAGCGGGUACUAA